AUGGCGGCGAGGGAAUCCAUCCAGUCCAUCUCAGGUCGCUUCCCAACCCGGUCUAUAGACUUCUCCCUGCCUGCGCUCGUUUCGGACUUUGAAGACUGGAAAGACUAUAGAGACGAGAUUUCUACCACGGCUGAUCGGUGUUAUGUACGGUUCGCUUGCUCAGAAGAGUUGGCAGACCACUCGGGGGGCCGCCACCGUUCCGAUGCUGGCACAAUACCGCAAGGGGAAACCGGUUCAUAUGACUUUGAAUGUCUGCACAACGGCCUUGUCAUCCCCUUCUCCUCAAGUCCCGUGUACCAAGGGUCGUGA